GAGUUGAAUCGUAUGCGAGGGUCCCUUUUCAUUAUCGCUAGCGGUCGACGUGGAAUUUUAUCGAUUUCGAGGUCACACGAUCCGACGUUUAUACGUGCUUUCGUUCAUUUUUAAUUUCACGCGGCGAACGUUUCAAGUAAGUGAAGCUUAACCGUUGAUUAAAGCGAAGCUAACGCUCGGUUAAGUACAGAAAAUAAAAAGGUGAAGACACCUUUAACACAAUAAUAGAUAUGAUAAUAAACAUUUAAGUAGAAUAUUUUCUUUCUUCACCAACGGACUCUUCAAUUAACUCUAAUCCCUCCUAAUAAUCUCCAGUAGGUUAUUUAAUUCAGUUUCCAAGAUAUGCAUCAGAUGGUCAUGGUGAACAGCAAAAGGUGGAGAGAAUCAGAAACGAUUAAAUUCGUACAACUGUACGAGCAGGCGGAAUGUUUAUGGAACGUUAGACAUCCACAUUAUAAGAUCAGAACCGCCAGGGAGAAGGCCAGUCUGCACAUCAUUGAACAAAUGAAUAUGCCAGAUUUUGGUAUGUCAGAACUAAAAACCAAAAUCAAAAAUAUCAGGAGCACGUAUCAGCAAGAAGUGAACAAAAUGAAAAAGUCCAAACUGAGCUUGGCCGGCGCCGUUAUCGAAGAAUACAAGACCAACUUAGCCUGGUUUCCGGUGGCCGAUAGGUUCUUAUCCAAAGUCAUAAAUAACGUUUUCAAGAAUAACCAGGUAUCAGAGUCCAAUAGCGAGAGCAUAGGCUUUCAGAUGGAACCAGUUGCAUACGGUCAUUUGCAAGAUGAACCUGAAGAUUUUUCUUCUUUCACAGUGAACCUUGAAGAUAUCAAACAGGAAAUUGAUAUUGACGAAUAUAGUCAUGAUAUCUCAUCGGUUCAGUUUGAACCUGAAGAAACAGUUAAAAAAGAAAAAGAGGGAAGAGGGAAGAAAAGGAAAGCAAACGGGGAGAUGAGGUCCAGUGAUAAUGGAUUCCGAAAGUCUUCAAGACGAGUGGUACCACUUCGGGCAUAAUGUAGCGUGCCAGCUAAGACAUCUCCCUUUAGAACGAGCCUUGGAGUGUGAACAGAAGAUUUUGGAAAUUUUAAAGCAAGAGAGGAUCAAUCAUGUUAAAUCGCUUGGUGAAGAGAAUAAGACUGUUUUAUAAGGAAAAAUUUGCAUUAAAUAAAGUCAAAGAUUGUUUUUAAUUA